UCUGCGUUAGCACCUACUCAACUUGGGCAAGCUACUUUGGCGUCCGCUCUACCUCCAGAUGCAGCCCUUUUCGUGUUUGCUGAUCUUCAACAAGCCACCAGAGCUGUAGCAUUGGAUACGGAACUCCAUAUGCUUUACCUGGUUACACCUACUAACUGCUCUAUCUGGCAAGGAUGCGACUGGAAUCAUCUUCACUCUAUCUUCUCAAAACUGCAAAAUGAAGAGAAGAGAGUUGCGAAACUGCUUCAUUUGCGCUUCUUCUCAGCACUGGCCCUCUACGACGUCGUUAACGAAAAAUCAAUUGAUGAGGUAGCCCGACGUUUCAGAAUUAGCCGUGGAACGCUUCAGACAUUGCAACAACAAAGCGCAACCUAUGCAGGUAACUUCAAAGCUAUGGUUGUUGCAUUUUGCUCUCGCCUGGGUUGGACCUAUCUGCAUGAUCUUCUCAAGGGCUUCGCUGCACGACUUGCAUUUGGAGUGCGAAGGGAGCUCACCGAACUCGUUUCAAUUGAAGGACUUGACGGCAGUCGGUUGGAGUUGUUGUAGUG